AUGGAUCGUGUAAAAGAAACGUCCACCAACAUUUCAAAAAUCCACGUUGUAUUUUUCUUUUCAUUCAUUAUUGUUUUAACUCCCGCUUCAUCACUCGACGGCCUAAAAUGUAAUUUAAUGAAUGGCAGUAUUUUUACAUUUAAUUGUCCUGAUGCAAGAAUUUGGGUGAACUCGAUGGAUUACUAUGCAGUUGAAAAUGACAUAUGUUCCCGAAGACUUGGCUGUAAUAAAACAUUAUCUGGUGAAGAAGAUGGAGAAAAUAUACUAUGUCAUGGGCAGUAUGGUAAAUGUACACAACUCCUUGACAACACAAUACUUUAUGGCAUUUGUCCCAAUGUUACAGGACUAGCUGUAGAAAUAAAUUAUGAUUGUACACCAAUUGAUGCUGAUGUUCCCAUGGAAAAGGUCGAAUGCCCAUUGUCAAACGAUAUAUUGAGACCACAUCUAGACUGUCCUGAUAACUCUGUUAUACAUGUUCAUUCUGUUGGCUAUUGGAAAGUAUCAGAGAAUCGAACCUGUCUGGAAUCUAAAGAUCAAUGUUAUAAAUGUAAGACUGGUGUUGAAGAUUUAUUGUAUAAAAAAUGUCGUGGAGAAAACGAGUGUAUGCCAACUUUACCAGAGUCAAUAAAUGAUGGUCUUGGAUGCGAUUAUCAGAUACCGAACAUUGGUGCUGAUAUCAAAUAUUCCUGUUUAAAUAAUGAAAGCAUGUAUGACGUUUGUGAUUCAUUAGAAUUAGAGGUACCCAAUAAUACAUCAAUGUAUUUAAUAAGUAGAGAAUAUAUCAAUAAACCUGGAGUAUAUGAGGAACAGUUUUGUAGAUGUAAGGCAACAAGUAAAGGAAUGGAUGUGAAACUUUUAUAUUAUGAUAUGCCACCAGAUACAGUUGGCAAAAGAAGUCAGUUGAUUCUCUCUGACACCGUCCAAAGACUGAAUCUCAAAUUGGCGGAAAUAGUAGAUGCCGAACCCUUCCUAGAACCAAAGACGAAUCUGACGGUCGAAUAUAUACAUAAAAAUAUCAGCAACCUACUUUUCUUGAUAGAAUUUAAAGUGAGUGCCUCAACAGACAACUCAAAUGAGGGCGGGUUAGUUCAGGACACUGGUACCAGUCAACUGAGAGGUACUAUUAUUUUUAUUCCAGAUGAAGAUAUAUUAAUCAUUGGUAUUGUACUUGGUCUAUUAGUUUUAAUAGCCUUCAUCAUUCUGGUUAUAGCACUCAUUAUUAGGAGACGAAGACAGUAUAAAACAGACGAAGAAGAAUCUGUAUAUUCAGGAUUAGAUAAUCCAGCAUUUCUACACCAAACCUACACCAUACUGGAAGGUGAUACAAAGAGUGAAUCAUCAGAUUUUAUAUCUGAUCCUCAGAACCAAACAUCAAUUCCUAUACAUCAUGAUGGGCAAGAACGUUUGGGUGAUAUAAGGGAAAUAGUUCAAUCCGAACAUAUUGAAAAUAAUGGUCUCAAUCGCAUCGGUCCCAAUGAUAUGGGUAGCAUUCCUGAAAGUAUUCCCGAGGUUAAUGAACCAUUAGACAAUUACGAUCCAAAUUAUAUGCAAAUAGAUAACUUCCGGGAAUCUGAACCAUCUACUUCUGCAUCAUAUUUGUUAGUAGCGCCACCUGUAGAGAAUGUUGAAUAUGCAAAAGUGAACAAGAUUAAGAAAGAGAAAGUACAAAAUGGGAGUUUAUUUGACAAUUCAUUUAGUAACAUUAAUCCACCACAAAUACCUGACAAAACCUAUACAGAGGAGGAAAUUUCUAACUAUCGUCAAGAAAAGUUAAAACCAUACAUAAACAUUAGUAAUACUCCAAAAAUAGAGGAUCAGAAAGCUGACCAACACAACACCAAUUACGAAGGCGAGGAUGAAUUUCCGUCAAUUCCAGUAAACUCGGAUGUGGUUAUUUUGCAGUCCAUCAGUGAUAGUCCAAAACACGACGAUGACGAGUCUGUUUUGUCUGGUAAUGAUCUAUCAACUGUUCCAGAAGAAGACGAAAAUUUAGAUAUGACUUCUUCAUUUCCUGAUGUUUCUAGUGCUAUUGAAUCUCCACCACGACAAUUUCCUCGACAGUCAUCUUAUACAGCAGUGCCAUUUUUAUAUUAA